AUGUACUACUUCUUUCAACAACCAAGUGUUCAUUUUACUAUUGAAUUUGCACCACCACAGAGAUACAAUAACUUUUGGUACAACGAUUUAGGUUCCCAAAUCCAACAAAAUCAAUUUUAUCAAAUGCCACAUCACUUUAAUUCUUUUAAUUCAUAUGACAGGACACAAAUUGGUUUAGGAAACCAAAGGGACGAUGAGAUAAAAUAUCACAAACAUCAUAUUUUCCCUCAACAAUUCGAAGAAUGGUUUUCUCAAAAAGGUAUAAAAAUACACAAAUUUUGUAUUUUAGUAACUAGAUACGAACAUCAAAAUCUUAUACAUGGAAGAGGUGGAUGGAAUCCAAAAUGGGGGAUAUUUAUAAGUAAUAACCCAAAUGCCACUAAUGAUGAUGGUACAUCUGAAGAUCAAGGCGAUGGUACAGCUGAAGAUGGGGACGCUAAAGGCAAUACUGUGAAAAUGUUAUAUUUCCAAAAUCCAAGUGUGAAUUAA